GCACAGCCAAAAAACAAACAGCACAAAAAACUUCCGUGGUAUUAUGCACCCAUCUAUACAGCUUUUUGGGUUGUACUUUACCUGGCCGUAGUGCUCACUCAAGUCAACUAUCUGCCCACAACUCGCACACGUGCCGAUGAAUUAGCGCACCCCGAUUCCUUCAUUGGCGAGCGAGCUGAAGAUAUACUGCUCAAUUUAACCAAACUCGGACCGAGAGUGUUCGGCAGUGAAGCUAACGAAGUCAACGCGAUAGAACUAAUAUUGAACGAGAUUAAAAAUAUACAAAAAGUAGCGAGCGAUUAUUUUGUUAUCGAAGUGGAUACGCAAGUUGCGUCCGGUGAAUACUUGGGCACGCGCUUGUACCAAGGCGUGCAAAAUGUGGUGGCGAAAUUGAGCGCGAAAAACAAUACGAGUUCGAAUUAUUUGCUCAUAAAUGCGCAUUUCGAUAGCGCGGUUAGCAGUCCAGGUGCAUCGGAUGAUGGUUCGAUGGUGUCGACUGUGUUGGAAGUGUUUCGCGUCAUUGCAAAAUCUGAUGGACCACUCGAGCAUCCCAUAGUUUUUUUAUUCAAUGGCGCUGAAGAGGCAUGGUUAUAUGGAUCGCAUGGAUUUGUUACACAACACAAAUGGGCGAAGAACUGCAAAGUGGUAAUCAACUUGGAUGCUUGUGGAUCGCGUGGUCGUGAGCUUCUUUUUCAAUACGCCGCUGACAGCUCAUGGCUCAUCAAUUAUUAUAAACGUGUGCCACAUCUGUUUGCUACUGCAAUGGGCGAGGAAUUUUUUCAAACUGGUUUUAUACCCUCAUCUACAGAUUUUGUCAUUUUUCGUGAUUAUGGUGGCAUGCAAGGUGAUUUGUGUAUUGCAGAAUUUUUUUUUCGCAUUCAACUCUUCAUGCACUCGCAAUGUCUCAUUCUAAUAGCACUCACGAUCGCUUUGACACUUUUAAGUAUUCGUUCGGCGUUCAUGCCUAUGUUGGCGAUAUUUUUUUAUUCCGUACCUCUUAUCAUAAAUUUGAUUACGAAGCUGCAUGGGAAAGGUCAAUGGUUUGCCAUCGCUGUCAUCGCGAGCCAAAUAAUAUCCUUCCUCUACUUCUCAUAUGUGGCACAAUUUUUAUACAAUUUGUUAAUACCGAUAAUGGGACGCAUAGGAACCACCCUUAAUCCUGAUAUAGUAAUCUCCAUUGUUGCCAUCAUCUUUUCUCUGCUCAUUGCUGGAUUUUUGAUGCCACUCUAUUUUUUGUACCGGAAAUCACGCACUAUCAUUUUUUGCUUCCUGGGCAGCACUUUACUUUUCAUUAUAUUGGCGAUUACACCGAUCGGUUCACCCUAUACCCCGAGACUAGCUCCGCAACGUUAUUCAGUUCAGCAUGCAAAUCAAAUAUAUUACAAUGCCGAUGGCAGUACGUUCUUCAGUGAUUCAGCCUUUUAUGUGUAUGCAAUUGAUCGACACAUCAAUACAGCAGAAGAGGUCAUAAAUCAUUUUAAGGCAGCUCACGAUAUUGACGAUGCUUGCAGCGACGGAAUGGCAUGUGAGCUCAGCAAACCCAGUAUUUUUUAUACAAAGGGCAGUUUCUGGCUACCCGUCGACGAGUCGCCUAUUCUACCAGGCGAGAAGCCGCUCCUGGCGCUCACUGCCAAGACUAUGUUGAAUGCAACAAACAUACACCGUUACAAUUUCACCCUAACAGGACCAGAUCAUUUGUCAAUUUUGAUUAAACCAAAAGCUUCGACUAAGAUUAUAAAUUGGUCUUUCGACCAAGCCGUGUUGAAAAGAAAGGAAUACUAUUUUGUGUUUUCAUAUGGCAAAUAUAUUAAACCACUGGAGUUUUUUAUGGAUUUGGAGUCACCUGCGAACGAGUCGGCCUUGGCAAAUUUAGAAAUUGCUGUUUCUGGCAACUGGAUACACCAAUCAGUGCAACGUACCAAAAUUUAUGAAGAGUUCCUAAAAAGUUUUCCAGCUUAUACGACACUUCAGAGUUGGGUUGCCAUCUAUGAAAGUUGGUUAUUUUGA